GACAAGGACUGCCAAGAUGAAGCAGCGAUAAGAUAUAGCAAAAGGUAGGAGGCUCACUGAGGCUAUCAUGGACUUGCUCAUGAAUCAAGGUAAUAUAUUUUUUGUAACUCGUCUUCUUCUUCCUCAUAGCUUAUGUUAGUUGCAGAGAUUCUUCCCCCCUUGCAGCCCUUUUAGAGAACUGGUUGGUUUGAAAGUGUAUGAAUGUUGUUCCGUCCUGAUUUCUACAGGAUUAUUAGAAGACAACCCAAGCUCUCGGAGUUUUGAACCAAGUAUCAGGAAGGCUGAUUAAUCUAUCAAUGGCCAGGCAAAAUGCAAGAACAUAGAGUGAUGGAGAUGAAAUUGAAAGCUUCCAUGCAACUACUAUGUACCUUCAUUUGUUGGCGGGGCUCCUGGAAGCAACUGAGGAAGAGCAAGUUGGCAUCUUCAGACCAUGGAGUUUCGCUACGGGUGCUUCUUUGCAAAGGUAAAUUUCCCUGCUGCUGUAGUGAUGGGAUUUCGAGCGCCAUGAUCUACUACAAAGGAUCUUUCAACUCUCUUAGAGCCAACAUGGAGGAGGAAUGAUGGGAACUUGAAGUUGCUGAAAGCAGGGCAGUGUUGUUCAAUUGUAAAGAAGAUGAUGAAGCUGCAAAUGGGUCGUUAUGUGAUAGAGUCAGAUCGCAAGAAUUUAAUCAUGAAAAUUAAGUCGAAAGCCACGAAGCAGCAAGGGAGAUUGAUUGAAGAGAUUGGCUCCAUGUGUUCAUAGAGGCAAAUAUGGUGGCCCUUAGGCUUGCACUAUCAAAUUGGUUAGGCUUUCUUGGUGGUAGUUGGCUUGGCCAACCAUCACAUGUUUUUACGAACGAUUUGGUGUUUGAUUCAAUCCUUGUGGCUAAUUAGUAAGAUUCAAAAUAAUUUAUUUAAAGAAAAUGUAUGUUGUUUGACCCUUUUCACAUAUAUAGCACAACUUAAACCAAGGUCGUACAUUCAAUAAUUGAUUUCAGUAAGGGAGGAUGUGGGGUACGUGUAAGCUUAAAUUGCUCAAUGUUUUCAAGGUAGUAUUUUAAAGUAAUGAAGUCUUCCACUGCAUA